AUGGUCCUCGCCUCCCUGGUGUGGCGCGCCUCUGCUGUGCACUCCGUCCCAAUUAAAAUCCGCUCUCAAAUCGCUCUCACAGCAGCGGAAGGGUCCCUCGAGCCGGAGGAGCUGGAGGCUCUCUCGGGUGUGUGGAAAGCUGAGCUUCGUCUCGACGACGGGGAUCGAACGCUGACGUGGCGGCUCGCCGCCAGCGGGAGAGUGCGUGGCCUCGAUGAGAAUGAAGAGGGAGUCUGGUGGGCUGAUAGCGCUCCGACUGAAUCUGCACAGCAGCGCGUGACCGUAUCGCUGCGGGUGAGAGAUUGGACCAUCCUCGCUGUCGGCGAGCGCACGGGCCUGCGGUGCACACAGCUUGGUGGCGCCGUCCUCGAGGGUGCAGAGGACCCGUGCCACGUCGGCGAGUGCGACCUGACCCUCGCGCUCGCCGACAUCGGCUCGGAUGGCCUCGGGGACCUUGAGGCGUGCUCCCCGCGGCCAUUCGUCUCCCCGCUCCCUCCUCCUCCCCCUCCGCCCGUGACGCGUCGCGCAUUUGUCGGCCGGUGGCGAAUGCUCAUCGACAUGGAAGGAGGCGCUCCUCUCUCGUACGCCGUGGUGCUGCGGCCGGGCGGCACCUUCCGGACCGUCGGGGGAGGCGAGGGCGAGGCAGCCGUGCUCGGAGGCCGGUGGGCGGUGUGGGGCCGCGGCAUGGCAAAGGGCGUCGCAGAGUGGGGCGUGCUCCCCGAGGGGACCCACCUCUGGAUGCGGGUCGAGCGCGACGCCUCCACCUCGACGCUCGCAGGCAUCGGCGGCCUCGCAGGCGUCCACGAGAGCUUCUCCCUCUGGAGCGAGCCCUCACUCUCAUCGCCCGCCUCGGAGCUCGCAGCGCUCGCGGGCGCCUACUCGAGUAGCGCGGGCGAGCGGGGAGCGAGCGUCGCGAGCUGCAGCGGCGCCGCCUACUUUGGCACGGCGAGCAACGAGUACUACAGGGCUGGCCGCUGCUCGAUGAUCCGCGAGGAGGAGGCAGAGGCGGGGCGGGGGUGA